AUGGCCAUGACGGCCGAUUCUUCGACCAAUAACCACUCGGCACGUUCUCCAAUAACUUCCGGCAGUGACGGCGCCGAUAUUAUUCAGUCCCAACGGCGGAGUAGUUUGCCGUGGGCCCAAGUUGUUCGUGGCUCCGAGUACGAAGCAAUCACAGCUUUUCCUCGUUCUCCAUCAUCGUCGUCGUCGCCUUCAAUUGCUGCAGCGGAGCAAACUACUUCUUCUCCGAAGGCACCUCUGGAGAAGUCUACAAUGGAGGCUCACCUAGAGAGUUCUGAUUGUGGUAACUGCAAUGUCGGUCGUACAAAGAAGCUUGCUUGGAAGAAACCCUUAGACGGCGUCGUUGAGGUCAAUACGGUAAUGGGAGGUACUGUUUCUUGGCCUGCUCUCUCCGAGUCGACUCGGCCCAUCCCUAAAUCAUCUGCUGAUUCCUCCAUUCCAAUCUCUGACAAAUCAGACUCUGUUUCUCAGGGCCCUAUAAUUUCACAUACACCUCAGAAACAAGCUAAAACUAACGCAAACCCUAAUUUUACUCCCAACAAUAGAUUGCCCUCUAGACAGAAAUCAAUGAAGCAUCGCAGUGCAGGGGGUGGAUCAGCACAGAGUGGCUUCAAUCGGCCACCAGCCCCGCCACCGCCACCGCCACCACCGCUGUUCCCUGUAUUUAAUGUACAUUAUGGACAUCUGAUACCAGCAGUGUUGGAGUCAACUGUAAGAGAACCUCCAUACAAGGGAGGAGUUGGGUCUCAAUCAAACAUAGUGACUGAUCCCUUUCCUCAGCGGAAUUCUUCCCGGAUGGGUAACUUUCGGCCCCGUCACCAUGGAGAUGGAAUGCAUCAUAAUGGUCAUGGAGGGAGGCGCAAUCAUGAGCGUGAAUGGAAUGGUCCUCGAGGUUCUAGUGUAAGAGAAUUUCAUAUGCCACAGCAGAUGGCUCCUCCUCCGAUGAGGGGAUUUAUAAGGCCAUCACCCCCCGGUUCCACCUCUUUUAUUGCACCCCCACCUUUGAGACCCUUUGCAAACCCCAUGACUUUUGAUUUGCCAUCUCCAUAUUAUUAUGUCCCGACACUGCCUCCGGACUCCUUCAGAGGUGUGUCCCUUGUUCCUCAUGCACCGCCACCUCCACCACCAAUGUUUUUCUCUGUACUGGAUCCUCCUUUGCCUGCUUUGUUAGUCAAUCAGAUUGACUAUUAUUUCAGUGAUGCUAAUUUGGUAACGGACAAAUUUUUGAGGUCGAACAUGGAUGAUCAGGGCUGGGUUCCCAUCACUUUAAUAGCUAGCUUUCCCCGAUCAAAAUGGAAUUUGGAUAUUCUGAAUUAUAUUGAGUCUCAGGUUCAAAAUUUGACUCACAACAUCCAGUUGAUUUUGGAUUCCUUGAGAGCUUCUUCUGUCGUGGAAGUACAGGGUGACAAGGUAAGGAGGCUUAAUGAUUGGAGGAAAUGGAUAUCCGCUUCAUCUCGAUUUCCUGCUGAUUCAGGCUCAGGCUCACAGUCACCCCAUGGAUCAACAGACAAUGUGCUGGCAGCUUCUUUGCUGAAGGUCUCACUGGAUGAAGUGACUACUAACCAAAAUAGUAAUUCGGGUGCUGCAGAUAAUAACAUAGAGGUAGUAACAGGUAGAUGUUCAUCUGAGGAUUUCACCAUCCAGUCAAGUUUGGCUAAUGGGGAGGAUACUACUGAAGAAGCCGAUUCAAGCUUGACAUGA